AUGGCGUUCACCAAGCCUUAUCUCAAGAUAACGAUGCCCUGGCAAAGGCAGAAAUAUAAUCUUUUACAGAAUAUCGAAGACAAGCAAGCCGCAGAUGGAAGUUCAGAAGCGUCUAUUGAUGAGAACGUUGAAGGAGCUCCAUUAACAUAUCGGAAGAGGUCACCCAAAAGCCUUUGGUUGACCUUGUUGGUUUCAAGUCUGCUUGGGUUGUUGGUCCUCGCUUCUGUCACAUUCGUCACAUACAAAUACGCCGUGAGGGAGACCCUUACGAAGUCCACUUUCGAACAGUGCGGAAGCACACCCGCUGAGGCCAAAGAUCGUGGCUGCAUCUUCGAAACCACUCUCUCUCUUUGGGUUCCUCCAGAAUGCUACGAUUUCGAGCUCGAAACAAUAUAUCUCCAACAACCAGGCCUCAAGUAUUAUCGCGACGUAAACCUGACGGACGAGGUAUCAUUGCGUGAGGUCAAGACAGGCGAAUCUAUCGGAUGGUUUGUUCCGUGGGACCACCAUGUGAGACACUGCUCAUUCGCAUUCCGAAAGCUUCACCGUGCCGCGGCGUUUGGCAAAAAGAUCGACGGAUACGUCCUUCAAUAUGCACAUACAGAGCACUGUCUCAAGAUGAUGACAGAACCUGAAGACUGGAGAUCAAGUAUAACACAAUUUGAUAUGCGGAUGUUUCCAAACUGUGGAAAAGAAGGAGGCUUUAACGUUAAUAGUAAGCACAGAGGUGAAUGGACAUGA